AUCCGUCGCGACUCUUGCAGAAGUUUCCUUUUUCUUUCUUUCUUUCUUUCUGGCGCCCAUUCAUCUCUCUGGACUCGUUCACGUUCGUUCCGGUGGGAGGGGAGAUAUUGGGCGGACGGUUCCUUCUUCUUUAUCCAAUUCAGGCUUCUUCUCUGCUCUUAUGUUCUGAAGAUUAGGGAUUUUCUGCUAUUUUUUCGUCCAUCGUUGUUGAUUGUUUAUUCUCUGCUAGGGUUUCUUCGACUUUGGGGGUUCUCUCUAGGGUUCGUGUUAUUUGCUGUAUUUUUGGAAGUGGGUUCGUGGUUUUGUUCUAAACAUUAUAGGGUUUGUAAUGGAGGGGAGCCGACACAGGAGUCAGCGGGAUUAUGGCAGGGAUCGCUUCCGGCAGCACCGAGAUCGCGAGCACCGUCGGAGCCACGGGUCGUCUGGUGGUGGGUGGAAGGACGGUGAUCGAGUUCCUCCCCGGAGGGAGAACGGUAAGGUUGAGCAGAAGGAGCAGGAUUACGUGUCUUUGCGGAACCGUUCCUCUUCGCUGUCCUCCUCCUCGUCGUCUCGUGGCAGCCGUGGUUCGGAUAGGAAGGCUGAUAGGGAGCCCGGCGAACUAUCGAGUGGAAGCGAGGGUAGUGGGUCGCAUCGUGAGGUUCAGACGACGGAGGCGAAGGUUUCUUUGUCGCCGAAGCCAUGUUCGGUGGAGGUUAAGAAGAGGAAGUACUCUCCGAUUAUUUGGGAUGUGGAGGAGAAGGUGCCAUCAAAAUCUUGCGUGGUGGGUUCGGUGAGCCUGUCGGUGGAUGAAGAAAGGGCAGCCGUUGAUCACGAGGAUAAAACUGAGCAAGCUUCAGGUGAAGAGGCGUCUGAUUUCCAUUACAAUGGGGAGGAGGAUGAUGACUACGCCCCAACUAGGGUUCUUUCGGCGUCUAGGUGGGCGUUCGAUAACAAUUUCGACGGUGAAGACGCAUACGACGAAGAGAGCAUCCCUAAGCGGAAGAAGAGUGCGGAAAGGAUGGAAGAAGAGGAGGGCAGUUUGAGUCCUGAACUUGGGGAGCUCAGGGAAGGACGUUUGGACGGUAAGCGAGAGAGGUCACUAUCUGGUUCCGAUGAGGAGCGGAGCCUGAAUGCUCCCCUUAGUAGCAGUGACGAAAAAGAGGUAGAUGAUCGGGAUGAGCGCGGAAAUGCAGCUGAUGCAAGUGAUCGGAUGGAAGUAGAUGGCGAGGAUCAUGUGGUUGAUAAAAGUGACGAGGGAGGGCAAUCUGGACUGGAGUCUAAUUCGGAUGAGGAUGUUAGUGUCGACGAUGCUGGCAGUGGUGAUGACAAGAAAGAUGUGCUUAUAACCGCCGAGACUUCGGUAUCUAGGAAGAUCAAUAUGCUACAAGGGUGUAGGAGUGUCGAUGAAUUUGAGAGGUUAAACCGGAUAAACGAGGGAACCUAUGGUGUGGUUUACAGGGCCAGAGAUAAGAAGACUGGGGAGAUUGUGGCUUUGAAGAAAGUGAAGAUGGAGAAAGAAAGAGAAGGGUUUCCACUCACUUCUUUGAGGGAGAUAAAUAUCCUGCUUUCCUUUCAUCAUCCAUCCAUAGUGGAUGUUAAGGAAGUCGUAGUAGGCAGCAACCUUGACAGUGUAUUUAUGGUGAUGGAGUAUAUGGACCAUGAUCUCAAAGCAUUGAUGGAGACAAUGAAGCAACCUUUUAGUACUAGUGAAGUAAAGUGCCUCAUGCGGCAGCUUUUGGAGGGUGUUAAAUACCUUCAUGAUAAUUGGGUGCUCCACAGGGAUUUGAAGACAUCGAAUCUUCUGCUGAAUAAUCGUGGAGAACUGAAAAUAUGUGAUUUUGGGUUGGCUCGGCAGUAUGGUAGCCCAUUGAGAGAGUAUACCCGGUUGGUGGUCACUCUUUGGUACAGGGCUCCAGAACUUUUACUGGGAGCAAAGCUAUACUCGACAGCUAUUGAUAUGUGGUCUUUGGGAUGUAUAAUGGCUGAACUUUUGGCUAAAGAACCACUAUUUCCUGGGAAAACUGAAACUGACCAGCUUGACAAGAUAUUCAGGAUUUUGGGCACACCCAAUGAGAAAAUAUGGCCAGGAUAUGCCAAAUUGCCAGGUGCCAAGUGCAACUUUGUCAGACAACCGUAUAAUAAGCUCCGUGAGAAGUUUCCGAAAUUCACAGCCACUUCUUUCUCUGGGAAGCCAACACUUUCAGAUGCUGGAUUUGAUCUGCUGAAUAGGCUUCUUACUUAUGACCCUGAAAAGCGGAUAACAGCUGAUGAUGCUUUGGAGCACAAAUGGUUCACUGAGCCUCCUCAACCAAAGGACCCAAGUUUUAUGCCAACUUUUCCCUCUCAAAAUGCUCAAGACAGGAGAUUGUUUAAAUUUAAGAAGAGCCCUGAUCCUUUAGAAGAGUUGCGGAAGGAAGAGCUUCGGAAGAAAGGGUUGCAGCAGGGACCGCUAUUGCGUGCUGCCAGCUUAUUCGGCUAGCUGAUCUGUCUGAGUCCAAACUGCAAGCAGUUUGACACACAACAAUUCCUUGUGAAGGGAACCCUCCACUAUGAAUUUUUUUGAGGUGAGAUGGUGCAAAAGUGGUGCCCCCAAUAAGAAAAGGAGAUGCCUGCCAAGCAUGCAAAGUUGUAUGAACCUCUGUGCGCCAUUUUCAGGUUGCUCAUAUUAGACUUUUGCAAGCAUCAAAGAUGAAACUUCAUGUGUAAAGGCAAUAUACUCUUUUCUUAGUAUGUUGCAGGUCUAUCUGUGGCCUUCAGCUUCCGAGGUCAUUAGGAAAUGCACCCCGUACCUAGCUUGGAUAACAAGGUGUGGAAACAGCCUUUUGUGUGUAACAUAUUUUCUUUCUGACACAGUGUAACAUUCUUGAGAAACUCGGUGCACAUUCAAUUAAUGAAUAUAUGUUCGGAUAUUUUAUUUUGCUUCCAACACAUGUUUUUUUAAUUUCCACAUUGUGUUUGCAAGAGACAUUUGGUGUGAGGCGAGGGGGAAAUUCUUUGCUUUUCAUGCCAGCAGAUUUGGAACAAAAAAUACCAGUGGAAAGUACGAAGCAAGCAGGUUCUUCAAUUCUCAGAACAAUUAGAAACUUUGGUUAUGAAAAUUUGUACUGAGAGCCGUGUUCAUCAACUAAUUAAUUUUAUGAAUGACAUUUGCUACUCAUUGACUUGGUUUCCUUUAUCGCGCAUGGGGAAAUGUUUUGGAUCAAAAUAGAAACCUUGGUUGUGAGCGCUCCAACUCUGAUACCAGUCUCCUUAUAGAACGACCGAUUUCAGAGACAUUAUCUACUCAAAGAAAGAUCCUUCCUUCGUGGACCACCAACACAUUGGCAUGCAGACAUCGAUUCAGACAAAGAACAGUUUCAGCGACAAAUAUCUCAAAAAAAGCAUAUUGAGAAAGAAAUCAACAGAAAGCAGAUUGAGUCAUUGGACACCCAUGCAGAGAACUUCAAAAGAGAGAUGGAGGAUGGGAGAGAGACAGAGAAGUCUUGAAGAAAUGGGAGCAGAGAGAGGGAGACUAGACUCUAACAAAUUGGCAGGAUAUAGAGAGACGGAGAGCUUCGGCCAGUGGCAUACCUGGAGAAAUGCUGCCGGUGAUGGGUUCGUAGUGCACAGCAUUCCUCUAUGCCGAUGAACAGUUUAACCUGCCGUUGUGAAAAGGUUGGUCGAUAACUGAAUAAGGUGCAUGAAUUAGUCAGCUGACUGGUCAAGAUUUUUGCAACCAAGGUCAUGAUCAUCUCAAACUUUUUUGAUGAUGCUGAUAUCCUCUCCCAGUAAAGAAAUUGCCUGGUGCGACCUGUUAUUCCUACAUUUGAUUUGUGAUGUUCAGUUCUGCAGGUGCGCCUACCAGUACACUCAGUUAUAUGCCUGGAGGUGCCUCUGCGUUUACUACUGCACUCAAAAUUUCUCCUUUAGCUUCAAGGUUACGUUCACUAGGCCUGAGAGUCCUCUUUAAGGGCAUUCAUUUUUUAAUCUGUUAAAGUAUGCCUCAAGUCUAACGUAGUAACGUGUAGGUACUGCCCCACUUUAUUUUGAACUGUGAAGCGAAUUACAUUGGUCGUCAUGAUCAUUGUCUGCUGAGGUCUUUCAAGUUGGAUAUGUUUUCGUUCGGCUGUUCUUGUGAGAAAGAAGUGGGGAAUGUUAUGUACUGGAACUUUGACGGCAGUUUGAGGCUUAGCACAUGGUAUGCAUGUUCAUGUGGACUGGCUCUGUCAUAUUCUCUACCUGUUGAUUAUUGCUCAAGCAGCAUUUCGAACGAUGCUGGUGCUGCUUUGCUGGAUAAUCGCUAGCUGGACUUGAUUUGCUGUCUGCUUUCCAUCUUGUUCGGAUCAUUUAAUGGGCUUGUCAAAUGUAUGCUGAAAAGUGUGAACCAAUUGAGAUGAAUUAUUCUGCAGGUUCCCCGCUGGUUUGCUUCA